AUGAAGAUGAACAGAAUCGAUGGUCCCAUAACCAAAUCCAUCGGUCAAGGCGACUUCAGCGACGACAGCUCCGGUAUGUCGGUGGGCAAGCAGAUGGAGAUGGAGGCUGGAAAUGCCAUCAAGUACAGGACUUGCAGUUGGCCAAAGACUGCAGCGCUGUUGUUCUCUGAGUAUAUCUGCUUGGCCAUCAUGUCGUUCCCAUACUCGUACGCUACUUUGGGUCUGGUCCCUGGUCUAAUCCUGACUGUUGUCGUUGCCGGUCUGGUUCUGUACACUUCUCUGGUUCUCUGGGAAUUCUGCCUGCGCCACCCUGAGGUCAAGGAUGUCUGCGACAUUGGUCAGAUGCUCUUCUGGGGUCAAAGAUGGGCAUGGUGGGCUACUGCCUUCAUGUUCCUCCUGAACAAUACCUUCAUCCAGGGAUUGCAUUGCUUGACCGGUGCCAAGUAUCUCAACACCAUGACUGGUCACGGUCUCUGCACAAUUGGCUUCAGUGCCAUCGUUGCCGCCGUUUCCUUCUUCGCGUCGUUGCCUCGUACGUUCAACACUCUUGCUUUGUUGGGUACAGCAUCGGCGUUCUUCACCUUCAUCUCAGUCAUCCUGGCCACCAUCUUUUCUGGUAUCGAGGAUCAUCCCGCUGGAUAUCCCAAGUUCGGCGAGCCUCGCGUGCUCGCAAUCCCUGAGAAAGGCACUACUUUCGUCGCUGGAAUGUCUGCGUUCAUGAACAUCAGCUACACCUUCAUCGGUCAAAUCACCUUGCCUUCUUUCAUUGCUGAGAUGAAGAACCCUCGCGAUUUCCCCAAGGCUCUUUGGGCUGUUACCAUCGCCGAGGUCAUUCUUUUCUCGCUUGUGGGUGCUAUCAUCUACGCCUACACUGGUACUCAAUACUACACCGCACCUGCCUUUGGUUCUUUGAGCAACGAAGUGUACAAGAAGGUCAGCUUCUCGUUCAUGAUCCCGACUAUCAUCUUCUUGGGAGUACUUUACGCCUCGGUCUCGGCUCGCUUCGUAUUCUUUAGAAUCUUUGCGGGAACCAGACACAUGGGCAGCCACACUGUUGUUGGCUGGGCAAGUUGGGCUGCCAUUCUGCUCUGCACUUGGAUCCUCGCUUUCAUCAUUGCCGAAGUCAUUCCUUUCUUCAGUGACUUGCUGUCGCUCAUGAGUUCGCUCUUUGACAGUUUCUUCGGCUUCAUUUUCUGGGGUAUGGCUUAUCUUCGCAUGCGCAGAGCAGACUACGGACCAGACUACUGGAAGAACAGGGGAUUCAGAGGAACCUUUGGGUUUGCCUUCAACCUGAUCCUUAUUGCCAUCGGAUUGCUGUUCCUUAGUGGUGGAACAUAUGCUUCCGUCCAGAGUAUCGUGGACGGGUACAACUCAUCGACUUAUGGUACAGCGUUUUCUUGUGCCGAUAACGGUCUGUAG